AUGAACCUGAGCAACAGUGUAAGAUUGUCUUUUCCAAUUAUUGAAACAUUUUCUUCUUCUUCUUCUGUAUAUGAAAAUGAUAGUAAUGAUAAGGGGGGUAGUCAAGAAGAUCGAUUGAUACAAAAGACAAAAUUAAUUGAUACACUACAUGACUGGUUUAGUUAUGCUGAGAAAAAUCAUUUAAUAUCAUGGGAAUGGGCACCGAAAGGAUUGUCAAUUUUAUGGAAAGAAGAUGAGUUUUUGCAAGUAGAUUUUAUGUGGAAUGUUAUACAACAGUUGGCUAAAAAAAGUGAUAAAUUCCUAGAUUGUGAUGCAGAUGAAAGAAAACUGUUAAAGCCAAUUCUAGACAUCUUGGAACAAUCAAUUUCAGUGAAAUCAAGUGAUGAUAUUGAAUUGGCACAACGAUUAAAAUGGUUAAAGGUUGUCAGAACAGUUAUCGAUAAGACGGAUGUUCAAGGUGAUGAAACAGCUAGUGAGCAAAUGAAAAUACUGUCUUGA